AUGGAAGAAGAGCCGGAAGAAUCGGAGAAAGCGCUCAACACCGCUUUUGUGAUCUCGGAUGAAGACUCGUCACCUAUGCAAGGACCACCAAAGCUUGCAGAGGAAGAAGCUGUCAGACAGGCAAACGAAGAACGCGAAGCUGCAGAAGAGGCUGCGCGGCUUGAGGCCGAAGCAGCAGCCAGAGAGGCAGAGGCAGAAGCUGCCAGACACGCAGAGGAAGAGCGCAAGGCUGCAGAGGAGGCUGCACGACUUGAGGCAGAAGCAGCAGCCAGAGAUGCAGAGGAAGAAGCUGCCAGACAUGCGGAGGAAGAACGCAAGGCUGCAGAAGAGGCUGCACGGCUUGAGGCAGAAGCAGCAGCCAGAGAAGCAGAGGAAGAAGCUGCCAGACACGCAGAGGAAGAGCGCAAGGCUGCAGAAGAGGCUGCACGGCUUGAGGCAGAAGCAGCAGCCAGAGAUGCAGAGGAAGAAGCUGCCAGACACGCGGAGGAAGAGCGCAAGGCUGCAGAGGAAGCUGCACGGCUUGAGGCAGAAGCCGCAGCCAGAGAUGCAGAGGAAGAAGCUGCCAGACACGCAGAGGAAGAGCGCAACGCUGCAGAGGAAGCUGCGCGGCUUGAGGCAGAAGCCGCAGCCAGGGAGGCAGAGGAAGCAGCUGCCAGACGCGCAGAGGAAGAGCGCAAGGCUGCCGAGGAAGCGGAGAGGCUAGAAGCAGAAGAGGAGGACGAGGCCAGGCGAGCGGUGGAGGAGGCGGCGGAGGAGGAGCGGCGCCAGCUGGAGGAGGCGAAUCGCUUGGAGCAGGCGGCGCAUGAAGCCGCGGCCUUCGCCCAGGAGCAAGGGCAUUUCGAGUCGGGGAUGCUUGCAGAGGAGAAGAUGGAAGAAGAGCCGGAAGAAUCGGAGAAAGCGCUCAACACCGCUUUUGUGAUCUCGGAUGAAGACUCGUCACCUAUGCAAGGACUACCAAAGCUUGCAGAGGAAGAAGCUGUCAGACAGGCAAAGGAAGAACGCGAAGCUGCAGAGGAGACUGCGCGGCUUGAGGCCGAAGCAGCAGCCAGGGAGGCAGAGGCAGAAGCUGCCAGACACGCAGAGGAAGAGCGCAAGGCUGCAGAGGAGGCUGCACGGCUUGAGGCAGCAGCAGCAGCCAGGGAAGCAGAAGAAGAGGCUGAGAGAAAGGCGGAGGAAGAGCGCAAGGCUGCAGAAGAGGCAGCGCGGCUUGAGGCAGAAGCAGCAGCCAGGGAAGCAGAAGAAGAGGCUGAGAGAAAGGUGGAGGAAGAGCGCAAGGCUGCAGAAGAGGCUGCACGGCUUGAGGCAGAAGCAGCAGCCAGAAAAGCAGAGGAAGAGGCUGAGCGAAAGGCAGAGGAAGAACGCAUGGCUGCAGAAGAGGCAGCGCUGCUGGAGGCAGAAGCCGCAUCCAGAGAGGCAGAGGAAGAGGCUUCCAGAAAAGCGGAAGCAGAGCGCAAGGCUGCAGAAGAGGAAAAGGCCAAGAAGAAGCUGCUUGAGGCCAAGCCGCCAUCACCCAGCAUGCAAAUAUCUUCCGCACUCAAGUCCCUGGUGCCACUGGUCAAGCCCAAGGCUGCGGUGGAACUGGAGGGCGCGACGGUUUGGAAGCGCAACCAGGAUGGCUGUCAAUUGUGGGAGUUCACCCUGGAGAAGAGGUCGGAGAUGGAGAAGUUCGGGUUUUCCCACAGCAGCGGGAAGUCGGAAUAUCUGAAGUCCAUCGGCAUCUCGGAGAACUCCCCGGAGAUUGAGGGCCCCCAGGUGCUGUUCAUUCGCAAGAUUGGUAUCGAUGGCUUACUCUACGCGUGGAAUGAGGCGCACCCGGACGCCCUGGUGCAGCCGGGUGACCGCAUCUGCAUGGUCAAUGACAAGUCCACCAUGGAAGAUAUGGCGCAGGAGUCCCCGAGGACAAGGUGCUGCUGA